GUGCGUUAGCUAUGCUGUGUGUAAACUGUGGUGCGUUAACUAUGCUGUGUGUAAACUGUGGUGCGUUAACUAUGCUGUGUGUAAACUGUGGUGUGUUAACUAUGCUGUGUGUAAUCUGUGUUGUUCCAGACUACUGGUGUUUGGAGGACCUCUACAGGGAGCUGGUCAGGGUGUAUGUUGAGGCCAUGGUGUCUCUCCAGGGUCGCCCUCCUGACCCAGCCACCGUGGAGGGAUGUGCUCACCUCAAACCCAACAACUUCCUGCUUGCUUGGCACACGCCCUUCAAUGAGAAAGGUUCUGGGUUUGGAGCAGCCACCAAGGCCAUGUGUGUGGGGAUGAAGUACUGGCAGCCUGAGAGGCUGGACAACCUAGUGGAGGUCAGCAUUGAGAUGGGGCGCAUGACCCACAACCACCCUACAGGUUUCCUGGGCUCUCUGACCACGGCUCUGUUUGCAUCGUACGUGGUGCAGGGCAAACCGCUGGUGACCUGGGGUCGCGACCUCAUGAAGGUCAUCCCCAAGGCCGAGGAGUACUGUAAGAAGACCAUACGCCACAUGGCAGAGUACCAGGAGAAGUGGUUCUACUUCGAGGCUAAGUGGCAGUUCUACCUGGAGGAGAGAGGCGUGGAGGAGGAGGGGCAGAACAAGCCCCUGUUUCCUGACACCUACAACGCUGAGGAGACAGACAAGGUGUAUAAGCGCUGGAGCUCAGAGGGCCGGGCUGGACGGAGGGGUCAUGAUGCUCCCAUGAUAGCCUACGAUGCUCUCCUGGCCUCAGGCUCCGACUGGACCCAGCUCUGCCGCCGCGCCAUGUUCCACGGAGGGGAGAGCAGUGCCACAGGGCUGAUAGCAGGCUGUCUGUACGGUCUCCUGUUCGGCCUGUCCCAGGUCCCUGAAGGGCUGCACCAGGAUGUGGACCGACGCACGCGGCUGGAGGAGCUCGGAGCCGAACUGUACAAGGCAGCCUCCGCAGAGAGGAGCACAGAGAAAGCAGAGAGAGCAGUGAAUGCAGGGCCAUCAGGCCUCAUUGUGGACACCAGAACUCUGAGGAGGCUGGUUUGGGACCGGACGACCCGCCCGGAGUUCAGAGGGGUUCUGGAGAGCCUGCUCCACUACCUAACCCAGGACCUGCCCGGCCGGAGCCCCACCGCGAGGCCCCCUGAGAGGUUAGGGCUGGAGAUCAGUGUGGGGUUGGAGGUGCCCCAGUUCAGCAGGUGUGGAGGUCGACCGGCAGGGAGCGACGUCUCAAGACGCCUCACCUCCUUCCAGCUUCUCCAGGCCAAGUUCCUGAGGAACACCCCCAACCCUCCGUUCACUCACCGCCGGGAGGUGGGGGCCCUGGCACUGUCCUCCAGAGGGGGUGGAGGGGGAGGCUGUGGGAGCCAGAGGCAUGGCAGAGAGACCCCUAGUGGACAGGUUGAGGGCUGCGUUCCCAAAACAGGACGUGGAGUGAGAAAGGGGAACACUGUUAAGGAUGUGCUGGCCAGGUUUGCCGCAGCAACGCAGAAAGAGAGGGGAGGGGCCACACAGGGGGGAGGAGCGUCGAAAAGACCCCGACCGAUCGGCAAGGGGCAGCUACUGUCUGCCGUAAUGGACAAGUUUGAAACCAUGGCGACGGUGCACCGGGGAAGUGACAUCAGUUGCCAGAGGAAAAGCUCCUCUCCUGGUACCAGCUCAUCUGGACGUGUCAAUGAAUUGGUGAGUCGUCAGGAAGAACAGGGACAACAGCGCUUAGGUCAACCAGGUCAACCCGUCAAAGGUCAGAGUUCAGUGAAGCAACAGGUUAAGAGUAAAGGCUGGGGACAGCAGAGGAAAGAGAACCCCUAUGGAGUACAGGAAGGAGAUAGAGGAUCAGAGAAGACAGUAGCUGGUCUGAAUCAGAAGGUGAAAGGUCACUCUGUAGUCAAUAAGCAGAUAAGGGCUCCAGGUUCAGAUCAAGAAGCUGAAGGUCAGAUUCAGGAUUCAAUUAAGGAGGUAGAAGUUUGGGGUGCUAAUCAACAGGUAAAGACUCUGGGUACGAACCAACAGGUAGAGACUCUGGGUACGAACCAAGAACAGAUUGUUAGCUCAGGUCAAAGACGAGAAGGCCAUGGUUCAGAAUUUAACAAGGAGCUAAAGGUUCAGAGUGAAAACAUUGAAGUUAAGGCUUCAGUGGGUCAGGAAGUGGUGGUACAGGCUUCACAUCAGGAACAUCAGGAUCCUGAUCAAGACAAUGAAGUUGAAGUUUCAGGUCAGGAGGUCAAGGCACAGGUUACAGGUCAGGAACACAAGGCACAUGUUACAGGUCAGGAACACAAGGCACGGGUUAUAGGUCAGGAUGUCAAGGCACAGGUUUCAGAUAGGGAAUUAAAGGUACAGGUCUUAGGUCAGGAGCUCAGCUAUGUGCAGGUAGAGCUGCUCUGCUCUGCUGCAGUGGUCCAGUGGUCUCCCCCAGCACCCCAGGUAGGGAUACCUGAGGUAGAGGCCUUGCAGUCUGGGUACCUGGCAACGCUGCUCCCUUGUCCUCCUGUGUGGGCACUAGCUUCCUCUGUGGAUCCACCAGUACAGAAAUACUCAGGGUUAGGGUUCAAAACCAGGACCCUGGAUGGCUCACAUCUCUCCUACCCCUGGAGAAAACAGUACAUGGAUCCACCCCAACCCCGGUCCACCCAGAGAAGCCAGCCCAGAUACCCCAUCCCUAGGAGGGCCCACGGCUCAGAAUCAGAACCAUCAGAACUGGGCCAGGCCCAUAAUGCCAGCCUCUCACCCCCACCUUCUGAAUCUACAACCCCUGAUGUCAUGACCUCUGUCCCCACAACCCCUGAUGUCAUGACCUCUGUCCCCACAACCCCUGAUGUCAUGACCUCUGUCCCCACAACCCCUGAUGUCAUGACCUCUGUCCCCACAACCCCUGAUGUCAUGACCUCUGUCCCCACAACCCCUGAUCUUGACCUUUGCUUCCUGCCAUCAGCGCCCACAAUGUUCAACCAGGAGCACCGCCCACAUGAAGCCAAACAGGAAGUAAAUGUCCCCAUGGCACUGCAAAGUGGGGAGGGGGAGGUGACAUGUCAUGAGGGGGAGGGGCAGGGUUGCGCUGUGAUGUCACACGAAGAUGAUGUCAUCACUACGCGUGGUUCGAAUGUUGCAGAGCCAGAAAGACUACAGACAGAAAAGCAGGAGAGACCAAAGUACAGGACGUUAAACUACAGCGACCCUUCUGCGAAACUGAUUCAUAAACCCAGAAUCAUCCGAUUCACAGAUACUUUUAAUUUCUAAGUUACUCGUCCACUCACUCUGACUUCAGUGAUGCGUCCGUCUGUGAAAGAUAAAAGCCUUCUGAACUUUCUCUCUCCUCACAGUGAAACACGAUACACCUUCAAGGUCAUGUCAGCUACCCCAUGUGUUGCUGUCCUCUGAAAGCCGUGGGGUUGCAGGAAGCAGCCUACGCUCUACGUGUGGUGAUUACUCAGAAGCUGUGUAAUGCUCUAAGUAGAGUAGCGUGUGUGUAAUGCUCUAAGUAGAGUAGCGUGUGUGUGUGUGUGUGUGUGUGUGUGUGUGUGUGUGUGUGUGUGUGUGUGUGUGUGUGUGUGUGUGUGUGUGUGUGUGUGUGUGUGUGUGUGUGUGUGUGUGUGUGUGUGUGUGUGUGUGUGUGUGUGUGUCGUCCGUACUGUAACAGUGGAAAGACAAACAGAACAGUGGUGUUAAAAAUUGACUAAGCCUAAAUCUUUAGAAUGGGAUUUUCGUGGAAAACAAUGUGAAGCAAUAAUAUCAGGACUUAAACUGUAGCUAUGACAACAGAGUCAAACGAACCUCUGCUCUUUAUCAGAUUAAAGAAACUCAAUCCCUUAUCUUGUAGUUAUUGUAU